AUGCCUUUGACUUUCUGUCCCAACUGCAGCAAUGCGCUGACCAUCUCGCGAGGGGAAGCAACCUCAAGACAUCCUCUCGGAGCUAACCGAUUUGAAUGCCGGACCUGCCCUUAUCAAUACGUUCUAGAACAGAGCUGGUAUGAGAAAACGCCCAUGAAGCAGAAGGAGGUGGAGGAUGUCUUCGGAGGCAAGGAGGAGUUUGCAAAUGCAGAUAGCAUCGGCACGCAAUGCCCCGCAGAGAACUGCAAUGGCGACCGUGCAUACUUUUUCCAGCUGCAGAUUCGAAGUGCCGAUGAACCUAUGACUACAUUCUUGAAGUGUACGUCGUGCGGUGCCCGAUGGAGAGAAAACUGA